AGGGGUGGCGCCCCAUAAGAAUGACGAGAAGCUCAAAGAAGUGCCGUCCGGGGCGCGCUGGACGAGAAUCAGUCGCAAGAUUGUCAACCCUGAUGCCCUCGCUGUGGGAAAGGAGCGAUUCGAGGUGCGAGACGAUUUCGUGAUUGUGCUCCGCGUGCUCAGUAAAGAGGAGAUCCAGGCGUACGCCGCCGCGACAACUGUUUUGAGAGAGAGGCGGAGAAAAGAAUAUGAGAAGAGCAAGGGGAAGGAGGGCAGCGAUGACGAAGGCGAUGAUGACCGGAGGAAGCAGCGCCGGUCUCGGGACAAGGAUGGCUACGAAGAUGAGGACCACGAGGAUGACCGCGAGCGUCGGCAGCGUCGGCACAAGCGAUAUGAUGAGGAAGAGGACGAAGGGCGUCGGCACACUGAGAACCGACAUCAUAGGCGCUCAUUCCGAGAGCGUGAGCUCGCUGGGCCGUAG